CGUUAGGUCACUCCCCCACAGAGGCGGGACCAGGAUCAGCUUUAGGAGGCGCCAGCUAAAUCCCAAGACCCGGGAGUAGGAAGAGCAGUGUGGAAGACAGUUCUCGGGCAGACUUGAGGAAACAUUCGUGUUUGAAUUUGACAUAAAAUGCCUUUCGGGCUGAACAGUGAUGCUCCCCAGAUAAACACGUUUUACUCGGGGCAGUACUGGCCCGCAACGCGCCUGGAUGUGAACAACAAUGGUGAUUACGCACAGAAAUCCAAGAGAGUUCAUCACGAUGCUCCCUACAAGUCGCACUCAGACACCCAGCGCCGUCGGAAGCGCACGACUUUCAGCAAGGCGCAGCUGAGCGAGCUGGAGAGGGCCUUCUCCGUCACACAGUACCCGGACAUUAAAAUGAAGGAGUCUCUUGCUUCCAUAACUGGACUUCCUGAGUCUAAAAUUCAGGUCUGGUUUCAAAAUCGACGCGCACGCUUUUUCAAAAGCAAGAAACCAGCCAGAGAAGUCCGCAAACACCCCACAGACGACCUGCAUCCACAGUUCAGCUACACUCCAACUCCCAGUUCUCCACUUCCCCUGCUGGCGCCUGUGUUCCCGCCUCCUCCUAGCCUACCGUCUCCAUCAGGACGCCCUAUUCCAGGUUUACCUCACUCCACCAGGCUUCAGGCUAUGUCUCUGCAGGCACCCACAUCCCCUGUCGCCGCAGACCAGGCUUCAUUCUGUACCCCACAUGGACCGGAUCUCCCAGACGUUUUGCUAGAACUCACUGAUAACUGCUGCGAUGUUUUCCCAUAUAGUGGGUUCAGUGAAUGGGAUUUGACUGAGGACUUUGAGCUUUUCCUCAAAGCACAGGGAUCUCAGCCUGUAGGCAGUCGCUGCGCUGUAGUCGGACACCCUGGACCCAAGGAGGGCGUCCAGAGUCAGCUGGACCACCAGUGCUUCUCCGGCACUGACGAGUUCAUGGGCGACCUGUCCGGUCUGUGUUUUCGGGACCUGUGUGACUUCAGUCUGUCGGAUGUGGACAUUUCUGCGGCAAUGGUUGAUUAUCUUUUGAGCUGACAGAUUAAAGCUCGCAGGAAGAAAGUUAGCUGUGUAUUCAAUACCACAUUGUGAACUAUAAUAGAGCAUAUAUGUUGAAGAAGGGAAUUUCUUAUUUGAGUAAAAUGUAUAGCAGUAGGCUACUAAUAUCCACAUAGUGCAGAGUAUUACAUAAGCAUAUAAAAUAAAACAGAACU